AGUGUUUUAUAACAAAUAAAAAUCGAAAAUGUUUAAUUUUGUGAAGUGGUUUUCCUUACCUGUGAUAAUAAUUAUUCAAUGUUUGGAUUGAAUGUGAGAUUAGUGAUAAUUAAAAGUAUAGUGUGCAAGGUUUAAUUUUUAAAUUGAUUUAGAUGUUUUGAGUCUGGAUUAUGAUGCCUCAAAGUACGGAUACAGUGAUUAAUAUUACACCAUCCAUACAUUCACAGAAUUGUCUUGCCAAAGCGAUAUAUGAUAAUAUUGCUGAAUCGCCCGAUGAAUUAGCAUUUCGUAAAGGUGAAAUUUUGGUUGUCCUCGAACAAAACACAGCUGGGAUACAAGGAUGGUGGCUUUGUUCGUUACGUGGUCGACAGGGUAUAUGUCCUGGCAAUCGAUUAAGAUUACUAACUGGAAUGUUUGCAGAUACAGGACAAAUGAUAUCACAUGAGGGUAACAACAUACAUCAACACCAGCAGCAACAUCUUUUAAAUCAGCAUCAUACAGACAUAACAUUGUUACAACGACAAGGGAAACGGCGAAGUUGGCACGUUCAACCUAAUAAAGUUAUUACCCCUAAAAAAAUCAACGAUGUAUUUCUAUACGACCUUCCGCCUACGCCGACAUCAACCCCCCAAUACACAUCUCAAAAUUACAACAUAAUACGUUACGAUGUACCACCAAGUCGAUGUGAGAGUCCACGUUACAACAAUCAAAGUCCAGCACGUGGCGAUACACCCCUGUCGGAUGUUAGUCAAGAAUCAUACGAUGUACCACCGCGUGCUGUACCGAUUAAUUACGAUACACCACGAAGUUGGCGAUCAUCACCGAAUCCACCAAUACUGACGCCAUCACCAGCGCCGGCGUCCUCUUUAUCUGCGCACCAUCAUCAUCAACGUCGUGAUUCUAUUGACUCUAGCUAUGAUAUACCACGACCGUUGUUACUAUCACAGCAACAGUUAACACCAAGCAGUUCGGCAAGCUCAUUAACGACAGCUGAUUCAUUGUCUUCCUCGAAUCGUAGUAGCUUGGCAAAUAUGCCGGAUUAUGAUGUACCGAAACCAAGUCCACGUAGUGUACAACAAAAUACGACGACCACGUCACAACAAGGUGUUUACGAUGUACCGGCAUCGAAUCCGGUUACAAAAGAAUUACCGUUAGAAAUUAAUUCGGCGUUGGAUUCCUUAGAGAAAUUACAAAUUGAAGCGACAGCUGCUAUUGGACGUUUAUUAGGCUUUGUUACACCACAAUGGAGGAUACGUGAAAAAUUGGAACCGAAAUUAAUGGAUAUUAAAUUGGCUGUGGUUCGAUUACGAACAUCACUUCAUGAUCUUGUCGAGUUUAGCGAAGGAGCACUAGGAAAUGCUGCAAAAGCUCCUGAUAAAGGUUUAGCGAUAAAACUACGACCGUUGGUGAAAGCCUUACGUGAUGCAGAUACCUUAGUUCAAAGAGCAGCACAUUCCUUAGACAUCCAAGACUGGUCUAUAGACUCACUAUGUCGGCAUAUGGAUCAUGAAGAAGGUAAUUGUAAACCGCCUGACGCCCUAGAUCAAUUAGUCGCAUGUUCACGUGCUCUCACCGAAGAUGUGCGCCAAACAGCAUCAUUUAUUCAAGGCAACUCUACUCUCCUAUUUAAAAAAGUGGUCACGUCUCCACAACAGGCGAACAACAACGAAGAUUGGCUCGAAGAUUAUGAUUACGUGAACUUGGAAUCACGUGAAAGUGCUAUAAAGAAACAUGCUGAAAUUCGCGACUCAUUGCCAAAUGAAUUUAAAAAGAGUUAUGACGCACUUUUACAAAAUGUUGAGUCAGCUGCCAUGGAAUCAACAGAUCAAAUUGAUUCAAACGAUAAACAAUUAUUAACAUUUUAUGCGGCGCAAGCAAUAACACACUCAAAUCAUUUAACACAUGCGAUCGAUGCGUUCUUACAAACCGUGGAACAUAAUCAAGCGCCUAAAGUGUUUUUAGCACAUGGGAAAUUUGUUGUGCUUAGUGCACAUCGAUUAGUUCAUAUUGGAGACACUGUACAUCGAAAUAUUAACCAGAACGAUGUUCGAACUCAGAUUUUAAACUGUGCGAAUGCGUUGUCCGAAGCAUUAGCAGCUACCGUUGCCAAAACUAAACGUGCUGCCCUACAAUUUCCCAGUGUGACAGCGGUACAAGAAAUGGUUGACUCUGUUGUAGAUAUUUCACAUGCAGCAAGAGAUUUAAAGUUAUCACUGGUUCAAGUCUCACAGUCUUAAGCUAAUUUUUUUUUUUUGUAGUCUCAUUGUCGUGAAUUUACUUAUAAGAACUUACAGCUUUUUAAAUAUUUAUAAUACUACACAGAUGUUUAUACUAUGUACUUAGAUAGCUAACUUAUUAAGAUUUAUUUACUAAAAGUAAUUAUUAGUGCCUAUCAAGACGCAGGUUCCGAUAGAGAAGAUGAUGAAAUUUUAGAACUUCAUUUGCGUCCAAUAAAAUUCGUCGCCUAGAUAUAUCACUGCCGCCAGAAGAUGGGCUGAAUUUAGCGAAAAAUUAUAAACUCAAUAUUAAUCCUUAUGUAAAAUUAUCUUAUUUUUUGUGAUAGUUAGACGGAACGGAACGGAAUAAACGCAGAAAUAACAAAUGAAUCCAAAUUUGUUAGUGAUCUGAAUUUAGCAUAGACAUCUAUGAUAACAUUCCUAAAAAAAAUAGACUUAAAGAAAAAUAGCUUUAAAUUUAAUUAAGCUUCUUUAUGAAAAAACAAAAACAGCCAAUAAUUAUAUUCAUUAUUCGUCCUGAAGAAAAACGAAUAAUUAUUGAAGAAAUAUUUGUUUCCUUUGUUUAUGAAGGGAAACUCUUUUUAUAUGCAAUGGAAGAAACAAAGGAUGCCUAACAGCGAACAUUUGGAAAAAAAAACGUCCGUAAAAACAUUUUGGUGUUUUACAAUAAAUAGAAACCCUAAUGAGGAUUUGAAUGGGAACUUAAAAUACUUUCAAUGAGAAUGAAUCGGAAAAUUUUUUUACUAAGAAUGAUUUUAUUCCAUAUUCCUAAUAGAGAACAUUGACUAAUAGCUUAAUUCCUGCUCUAACCUUUCUACUUCUAUUUAUAAAGAUUUCUAUUUAGGUGUGACCUAAAUAGAAAGUAAGACCAUUACUUAGUUGUGGAUCAACUUAGAGCUCUUGGAAUAUAUGCUGAGAUCAAACGAGUUUAUACUCCUUGACACAGGGCACCCAUAAACAACAAAAUUUAUCGUUUUAUGAUUAAAAUAAUUGUCGAUCAAUAACAAGAAAAACAUCCGGAUGCUGUAAAUCGAUUUUCAUUAGUUAAUUCUUAUUUUUAACUGAAUUACAAGAGUAAGUUGCCAAAGUUCCGAUUCUAUCAAUAUUAUCGAUGUAAUCAAUAAAAAUCAUAGAUUAUCUAAGUUUAAAAAAAGUUUCUUUUAAAUAGGACAAUUGUUUCGGGUAGCCUUGAAGGAUAUUUCAAAACUAUUCCAGAAAUUGAUGCGCACAAUUUUGUUUAUUAAAUUAGGUAUAGCGUCUCUAGUCUGUUCAGGGACAUCUGAAGAUCAAAGCAACGAUUUUUAUUUAAUAUAUUAUAGAGAAUUUUUGUAUUCAAAAAUUCAGUGCAUUCUAAAAAGGUCUCCCGAUCAGAAGAAUAAUUAAAAAGUCUCCUGAUCUUUCAGACCUUACUUUAUUAAAAGCCGGCACUCCGAAAAUUAGAAAAAUUGAAUUCUUAAUGUUUAAAAAAAGUCAAUUAAUUUUGAAAGAAAUUUUGAGGCAUGUCUAUAAUUCGCAGCUACUACGUGUAUUGUUUAAAUUAUCAUGUAAUUGCCAGAAUAGUAAAUUUUUGAAAUGUAUGUUUAUAUAUAGAUACACAGAUGUUUAAAUUUAUCUCAAAUCGCCAACUUACUUUAUAACAGAAAAUUUCUCAACAAAUUGUUAGCGAUCGAAAGUUUAGAAGAUACGUCUGUGGUUAAAUAAUAAUAGAAAUUAUAAUAAUAUAACUAGUAGGAUACUGUUAAAACAAAUUUUGUAAUUGAAUGUGAGUGCGUUUUGAAACUUUCGUCUUACCUGCAGUAGCGGAUUUAAGAAUAAAAGACCUGAAGACAAUUCCUAUAUGGCACUCGAUUUUCAGGAUAAGAAUUGACUUUUAAUAAUACUUUAUUUGAAAAUUUAAAUUAAAAUAUAAACUUAAAUCGGUGACGUUUUUCACUAAAAAAUCAUCCUUCUACGAAUAAUUUGGAAGCCAGAUCAUUAAAACACAUGCUAGUAUAUCAAAGAAUUUGGUCUAGGUGAUACAUCAAAAUGUUGCGUUAAGAUCUGUAUGCUAGAGGGCCAAGGGAGUAAUUGUUUCUUUGUUGAGGGAUUAAAUCCGCCAUUGCGAGGACGGUGUUAAGCUAGACUUGCACCGUGGAAAUGAAAGGUUCUAUGACGUGCUUGCGCAUUUUAUAUAUAUUGCAUUUGAUACAUAAUCUUAUAUUAGAGCUACUGAUCUCAAUAUAAAUUGGAUAUACGAUCUAAAAGGCGUAAAAUAAAUUUAAUUGUUUAAUAUUGAAGCCUGUACUUGCGUCGUUUUAUUUUUUUUUUAGUUCUAUCCAAUCAUUUGGAGGCGCUAACUUGCUUCAAUGAAUUUCAAUAGAUGGGAUCUCCUAUCCAGUUAUAUGGAGAUCAGUGAUUAGAACAGAGAUCCUCAACAUUUAUAUUAAUUUGUACUGUGAUAACUUUAGUGAACAUAAGAAUUUAAUUAUAUAAUAAUAUAUAAAUUUGAUUUAAUAUUAUUCAAAUUAUAAAUUUAAAGUAGAUUUUUUUUUUUUUAAUGGCAAAAAACAAUUAUUGAUAUAAGUUUUACAAAUUUAUUUUGGGACCAUUUUGAAGUAUUUUUGUUUUUUAUGUCCGGUUCCACCAACACUUUUGUUAAUCAUGAUAAUAUUAAUUUUUAAUCGAUGGUUAGUUGAAGGGCCAUUGAGCGGAUUAUCUUGGUUCCUAAAGUAAAUUAAAGGCCAAUGAAGGGUGUUCGUUGGUAAAUAAUAAUUUAUUGCCAAGGCAGCUAAAUAAAAAAUCGCCAAAUAUUUUUAUUGCACUCAUUCUUUAAUCUGAAAUGGUGGAACCUAGGGCCCUUAGUAUUAAUAUUGAGGAUCAUAAAUAUUAUUAUUAAGAAAAAUCGCACAAAAUUUAUUUUCAUUACUUUAUUUUUAAAUUUUAUUGAAAAUAAGAAAAAACCCGAAUUGGAGAGACUAAUGAGGUGCCUAAAAAAUUGAAAUAAAAAAGAUAGGGAAGAAAAAUUUUGAGGGUAAGUGCUAUUUGUAUUAGCGUAAGCGAGUCAAAUAUGACCAACCCUAUUUGGAUCAGUUUUAACUCAAUAGAACACAAAUCACAAAUCAGGUUUUCGAAUCAAAGAGCUUAAUUUAAGGGGUAAGAAUGCUCUUUUUAAGACCUCUUACCUUUGUGUGGUAUUGGGUUUUCCAGCUAAGAGAUGCUCUAUCUAUUAAGAACCCAUAUCUCCGGUAAACAACCUGUUGUUCACAACAACAUCCAAUACAGAUCAGUAGUUUUUGCAGGAUACUUACGUGUAAAAAAUCACAAUUUUAAAAUGAAGUAAUUCAAAUUUUUGCCCCGCUAGAGGCUUCAAAACUGUGUUUAUUGUGAUCAAGGGACUUUGAAAGGACUUAAUAUUUGUGAAAUUAUGGCACUGAAAUCUUAAUUGUAAAACCCAAUAAACUUUUCUUUCUCGUGUAGAAAAUUAUUAGGAAUUAGGUACACAAAGAACCGUUGCAAGAACUUAUAACGAAAAAAAAAAAAUCAAUUACAGAUUCUAUGGAAAGAUGAAAGGAAUUAUCUUGUUUUUUAGAGGAAAAAGUAUUUGAAGUAUUAUGUUCACAGAUUUUAUAUAAUUUUAUCGGUGUUGUGAAAGUGUAAAUAAAAACAAAUUUAUAUUAUUUGAGAGCCCUUUACAUCGCUAAUUCUACUGUACUGGUUUGCCUGUUAGUUUUUAAAUUAACUUUCCUCUCGGAUCAUUAUUUGACUCCCAACAGAAUGUAAAUAAAAAACAUUUUGUCACUUAAAAUUAAUACGGCAAAGCAUGACAGUUAGUAAUGGUAGGUGUUAAAAGGGAUAUUAGAAAGAUAAAAAUGAUUGUAAAUUUUUAAUUGUACUAUUAUUUUAUUUUAUUUAAAUUUUGUAUAAAAAAACAACAAAACAUUUAUCGCACAUUUAAUA